GAGACAGGAUGAGUGUGAGAAGAAGACCACCUCUCACAUGAUAAGAUGGAAAUGUGGUUGAAACGGUCGACUCUUGUGUUACUCACAGCAGCCCUGGUGAUAUCAGAUCAAGCUCUUGUGAUUCUGAAUGAAACACGAACAACAGUAAAAGUGCCUCUUGGCUCUUCUGUGACUUUCCAGUGCCGUUUGAAGAUAGAGACACACGGCAGACUUCGGGUGAUCUGGUUUUUGAACCCCUCUUCAUUCGAAUCGCACAAUCUCUCCGAGGAGAUCUUUUCCAAAUCUGCAAAGAACUCCAGCUUGGUGUCGAACAAAACAAUGCAGGACUACAAGGAUGAAGGGCAAGACACCGAAGGGACUUGGCCGACAUACAUUUUAUCAAACGCAACAGAACAGGACAGCGGAUGGUACUUUUGCAGAGUCACAACAGAUAUUCCCAUUUUAAAACAUAUUAACAGCAGUGGAACAGAAGUAGUUAUUACGACUGUGUCUCCCAUGGACAACUUCACGCUCAUCGACCAGUGGAUGUGGAUCACGUUGGGGGUUUCUAUUGUCAUCCUGAUUGUCCUGCUGGUCAUAUGUGUCUUGCUGAGAAGAAGACGCCACGGAAGCAGAGAAGAAGAUCCAGUCUACGCAAACACUCGUCCUGUGGCCAACAAGCAGCCUUCUCCUCGGCCGGGGAUGGACCACCUGAAGGCGGUUUCUUCCUCUCAAAACCCCCGGAACCCGAGUCCAGGCAGGAAAUACGACGAAGGCAAACUGAGAUACAAAUAAUGAAGAAGGCAUGGAUCAACUCCUCCUCAUCACAUUUAGUCAAGGCCUAUAGCUGUGUUCACUGCACUGAAAGUUUAAUGAAUUGUCUUUCUUCUUCUUCUUCUUCUUAUUAUUAUUAUUAU